AUGCAAGCCCUAAACUCGCUCACCCUCCGCGUUUCUCCCUUGGACUCGCUUCGCGCUCCCAACAAUGCCGCCAACAUAAGGGUCACCGCUGCCAAACGCGUCUUCUUCGUCUCCGCCAUGGGUAAAAAGCUUCACUUUCAUGUAAAUAGAGGAAUACCCAACAGGGUCAGUUCGCGGUUGAGAGCUUCAACUGGUGCUCAGAUGACCCUUAGAAUAGGGAAUGUUCAGAAAUGGAGGGAAAAAGGGCUUCAACCCAACAUGAAAGAGGUGACUUUUGCCCAAGACCUUGUAGAGUCACUGUUAAACGCGGAGGACAAGCUGGUGGUGGUUGAUUUCUUCUCUCCUGGCUGUGGUGGCUGUAAAUCUUUUAAUCCUAAGAUAUGUCAACGGACAAAGAUGAAUCCUGAUGUUUAA